AUGGGAGGACCGCCGCCAAACAUGGGAGGACCGCAAAGCCAAACAAUAUGGAGGAAAUUUGCGCCGAACAUGGGAGGACCACCCAACAUGGGAAGAAUGCCGCCGCCAAACAACAUGGGAGGACCGCCCAAUAACGCACCAAAUUUCCAAUAUGGGGGUGGACCUAACAAUGUAGACACGCCUUUCCAAAACAGGGAAAUGCCUGGUCCGGGACAAAACAGAGAAUACCAGCAUAACUAUGCUCCAAACACAUCAGGCGGAAACCCUUACCAGACCCAGGAUAUGCCUGGAAGAGAUAUGCCCCCACCACCAAAUUAUCAAUAG